UCCCGUUGCCCUGCAAAGACCAUGACCAUCCCUUCUUUUUGCCCCAAAAAGGGGUUGGAAAAAAAGGAUCGAAAGGAAGAAAAACAGCUGACAGCAAACUCUCACUGAACCAUCCUCCCUCCAACAGCUCUGACAUUUCAGCUUCGGAGCUGCGAAACCAGCAUUAUCGAAGAAGGAGAACAUGGUGGCCCGAAAACUUCAAGUGCUUCACAAUGACUCCAACUACGAUGUCGAAUACGAUCCCGACGAUGGCUUCGAAGUUUUCAAAAUCCAGCUCUUCUCCCUCACCUCUAUUCCCCCCGAUGAGCAAAAGAUUUAUGGCUGUGAAGGUGAUCGCCUCGUGGCAAGUGACUCGGAUCUCAACACAAUUUCCGAUAAACUGCGAUUGCUUUCCAUCGACGAACAUAAACAGCAGACAGAAUCAAGCAUUCAGAAUGCCGAAUUGAUGAAAUCAGACGAGGAGUUGGCCAGACUCUUGCAGGAGGAGGAGGAGGCGUUGAUGUUGCAGCAGUAUCUUGCGAGCCAAGAUAAUGGACAAUUUGAGAAUAGAAUACGGUCUUACGUUGAUAAAAUCCAAAUGUACGAGGAUUCAAGACGCCAGGAAGCUGCUCGGAAAACGGUUCCUGUGGAAGAACUUGAGGAGAAAGCGUUGGUUUCCUUGGCCAAGGAAGGGAACUUCAGUCCAUCAAAAUCUGAAAAAGACCAUGCUUUUCUCCUGCAGCUGCUUUUUUGGUUUAAACAAUCCUUCAGAUGGGUUAAUUCGCCAAAUUGCCAUGAUUGUGGCAACAACACUAUAGGCCAGGGCAUGGCUGAUGCUCUUCCUUCUGAGACUCUUUAUGGGGCAUUCAGGGUUGAACUUUAUAGAUGUACCAUCUGCUCCAAAUUCACUCGUUUCCCUCGCUACAAUGAUCCAAUAAAGUUAGUGGAGACGAGAGAGGGCCGUUGUGGGGAAUGGGCUAACUGCUUUACACUCUACUGCCGAGCUUUUGGCUAUGAUUCACGACUGGUUGUAGACUUUACGGAUCAUGUUUGGACAGAAUGCUUCUCACAAUUCCUGGGAAGGUGGAUGCAUCUUGACCCAUGCGAAGGAGUAUAUGACAAGCCAUUAUUAUAUGAAAAGGGGUGGAAUAAGAAAUUAAACUACUGUAUUGCGGUGGCCAAAGAUGGAGUUUAUGAUGUCACCAAACGGUAUACAAGGAAGUGGCAUGAGGUUCUAUCUCGACGUACUAUUAUUGCAGAGCCUGCUUUGUCAUCUGUGCUCGCUAAUAUAACAGAAGAAUGUCGAAGAGGCCUUACAUCUCAACUACUUUCAAUCAUCAAAGCCCGUGAUCAGGAGGAAAAACAACUUCUUGAGAGAUGUUUACAUUCUGAAGAUGAUGUCUCACUGUCAUUACCUGGAAGGAGAAGUGGGGAUGAGGAAUGGCGUAAAUCCAGAAUGGAACUUGGUUCCAACAAGAAUUCUACUCUAAGUUCUUCUUCAUGCCCUGUUCGUCUGUGUGUAGACGAGCAUGUGACAAGAAUAUACAAUGCAUUUUGUCCCAUCCUCUUUCGAUUUGUUGAUGAACAACUAACAACAUCUGAAGCUGUCGAAGUACUUGGGAUUAUGCAGGGAAUAGUCUUGAAUCUUCGAGAUUCCCCCUUCAAAACUAGAAGGGCCUCAUCUGAUUCAGCUCAAAAUAAUCCAAUAUUUCAGAAGUUGUUUCCAUGUUUUGAUGAGCUACUCAAUGCUCUUUCACUGGAAAAGAAGGUGAAUACAGAUGGAAGGGCUGAAAUUUGCUUGGCUGGUGAUCCUGUUAGAACUUCUUUGGCAUUGCCUGUUGUGCUGGAUGCUCUGGAUGAUAUGAUGUCCAAUCUUGAAAAAUGUGAAACGUUCAGUAGAGAUUCCCUUGCAUUGCCCAUGCUGAAGUUGAACAGAAUACACUCUGGUUUGGUUGUUGCAAGCGCAGAAGAGUUGCCUUUUGGGAUUGUGACAUCAGCAUUUGAUGGAAACAGGGUGUCAAAAUGGGAAGAACCAAAUGGUGCUAGAGGUUGUUGGAUCGAGUAUAGAACACUUGAUAAGAAGAAGUAUGAACUUGCAGCAUACGAGUUGAUGUCAGCCAAUGAUGCACCAGAAAGGGAUCCAAUGGAUUGGAUUCUUGAAGGGAGCGAAGAUGAUGGGAUCAGCUGGCAAGUUCUGGAUAAGCAAACCUCUCAGGUCUUUGAAGAUCGUUUCCAGCGCAGAUCAUACACAAUUUCCUCAGCGAGUUUGCCAUCUAAUGUUUUCAGGCUGAAAUUUCUGGCAUCUAGAGAUGUUCAAUCAACUGCUCGGCUGCAAGUUGGUAGCAUUGACUUCUAUGCAAGAACAACGUAAAGUGUAAAACAAUUGCCAGCUGAAUUGGAUGGUGUAAAUUUCCUAGUUUUCUUCCCCAGGAGGGUGAAGAUUCAAAUUGCCUUUGUCGAAAAGGCUUGUUUCUAUCAUAAUGAAAAAGGGGACUAGAUUGACCUAAACGGGUUAAAAACCCAUCAUUGACUGGUGCAUUAUGUGUAAAUUGUACAAGUGAUGCAUAACAUUAUUAAUGCAGUCAGCCAAGCUCCUUUCAUGUUCAGCCAUAAAA